AUGAAGGCCCUCAUUCUCGUCGGAGGCUUUGGCACCCGCCUGCGUCCUCUUACCUUGACUCUGCCCAAGCCCCUGGUCGAGUUCGGCAACAAGCGCAUGAUCCUGCACCAGAUUGAGGCCCUGGCCGCCGCUGGUGUGACCGAUGUCGUACUUGCUGUCAACUACCGGCCUGAGAUUAUGGAGAAGUACCUUGCAGAGUACGAGGAGCGAUUCGGCAUCAACAUUACCUUCUCCAUCGAGUCGGAACCCCUGGGCACCGCCGGCCCCCUGAAGCUGGCCGAGCAGACCCUGCUCAAGGACGACACCCCCUUCUUCGUCCUCAACUCGGAUGUCACCUGCGAGUACCCCUUCAAGGAGCUCGCCGAUUUCCACAAGGCCCAUGGCGAUGAGGGUACCAUUGUCGUCACCAAGGUCGAGGAGCCCUCCAAGUACGGUGUCAUCGUCCACAAGCCCAACCAUCCCUCCCGAAUCGACCGCUUCGUCGAGAAGCCUGUCGAGUUCGUCGGCAACCGUAUCAAUGCCGGCAUCUACAUCCUCAAUACCUCCGUGCUGAAGCGCAUCGACCUCCGCCCCACCUCGAUCGAGCAGGAAACCUUCCCCGCCAUGGUCCGAGACGGCCAGCUGCACUCGUUUGACCUCGAGGGCUUCUGGAUGGACGUUGGUCAGCCCAAGGACUUCCUGACUGGCACAUGCCUGUACCUCUCUUCCCUGACCAAGAAGGGCAACAAGUCCCUCGCCUCUCCCUCCGAGCCCUACGUCUAUGGCGGCAAUGUGCUCAUUGAUCCCUCCGCCAAGAUCGGCAAGAACUGCAGAAUAGGACCCAAUGUCACCAUCGGCCCCGACGUCGUUAUCGGUGACGGUGUCCGCCUACAGCGAUGCGUCAUCCUCUCUGGCUCCAAGGUCAAGGACCACGCCUGGGUCAAGAGCACUAUCGUCGGCUGGAACAGCACUGUCGGCAAAUGGGCACGCCUCGAGAACGUGACCGUUCUCGGUGACGACGUCACCAUUGGCGACGAGAUCUACGUCAACGGUGGCAGCAUUCUCCCCCACAAGAGCAUCAAGGCCAACGUUGAUGUUCCCGCCAUUAUCAUGUAA